AUGGUGCGCGCCCGUAGUCCCAGCUGCAGGCGCUACGUCUCCCUGGGUGGCAGUGGCGACGGGCAUGCUGAUUGGCCCACCCGCGGUCUCCGGCCACCUGUUGCCGUCCAUCAUCGGGCCACCCUCCCCAUCCUCCAUCCUGUCCACAAGGCUCAGCAAAGCGGCUGGCGGCCUGGCCCGGGACCUGCUGCUGCUCCAGCCAUCUCCAUGACAACCAGAGCCUGGGAGGAGCUGGAUGGCGGCCUGGGCAGCUGCCAGGCCCUGGAGGACCACUCUGCGCUGGCCGAGACCCAGGAGGACAGGGCUCCAGCGACGACACCCAGGCUGGCCGACUCCGGCAGCCCGCCCCAUGACUCUCAGGAGCCGGUGGCUGAAGGCCGCAGUGUGGACACCAGGCCCAAGAAGAUGGAAAAAGAGCCUGCCGUCAGGGGGACCCCAGGAACGGGGAAGGAGAGGCUGAAAGCCGGCGCGAGUCCUCGGAGCGCCCCCGCGCGCAAGAAGGCGCAGACCGCGCCGCCCCCGCAGCCGCCGCCGCCGCCCCCGGCCCUGAGCGAGGAGCUGCCCUGGGGAGACCUGUCGCUCAACAAAUGCCUGGUGCUCGCCUCGCUGGUGGCGCUGCUGGGCUCGGCUUUCCGGCUGUGCCGCGACGCCGUGGCUGGGGAGGCAGCACUCCAAGCACGUGCGCCCGAGCCCUGGGUCCCUCCAAGCUCAGCCCCGAGGGAGCCAUCGUCACCCCUGCCUAAGUUCGAGGCCCAGGCGCCUCCAUCAGCGCCGCCUGCGCCCCGGGCCGAGGCAGAGGUCAGACCCAAGAUUCCCGGGAGUCGGGAGGCUGCAGAGAAGGACGAAGAGGAGCCCGGCGAGGCCACCAGGGAGGCCGUGCGGGAGGACCGUGUGCCCCUCGCAGACCGGGGACCCAAGGAGAGGCCUCGGAGAGAGGGGAAGCCGCGGAAGGAGAAGCCGCGGAAGGAGGAGAGGCAGAAGAAAGAGAGGCGCCGGAAGGAGGAGAAGCCACGGGCCGCCAGGGAGCCCCGGGAAGCCCUACCCCGGCGCUGGGAGUCACGCGAAGGGGGCCACCGGCCGUGGGCACGGGACUCCAGGGACGCCGAGCCCAGGAAGAGGCAGGCCUGGGUCUCCCCGAGGCGUCCCGACGAGGAGCAGCCGCCUGGGAGUCGCCAGAAGCUCCGCGCAGGCAAGGGGCGGGACUGAGCCGGCCCCACGCCCGAGUCCAGGGACCCCUUCUGGACGCCCCGCGACUCUGGCGAAAUAAAGCGAGUGCUGCGGCCGCAGAGUCCUCUGCUCCUUUACGCCUGGACCCGACACCGAGUCCGGGGCCUGAAAGACGGUGGUGGGGCGCUUCAGGCAGGGGAGAGCC